GAUGAAUUCUCCCACCAGUACUAAUAUCCCUUUUAGGAUUUACCUUGCGUUACAUUUCAUAGUGAUAUUAAUGAGGAUAUGGGAUACUAAUAUGAUGCACCAGCUAUUUUUUUGUAAUGUGCUUCUGGAUCCAUUUCAAUACUCCUUCAAAACCAUAUCCUAAAUAUUAAACUCUUCUCUUACAUUUUUGAUCCUGAAUUCAAACAUUUUAUGCCAUAAUGGUUUUAAGUUUCUGUUUUAAACCUUAUAUACUUAAAGUGAUGACGGAUUCCAACUUAGAUUAUUUAAAUGUUACUUUUGUUUAUAGCUCAUGUAAUACACAACAACAAUCAUGAUAAGCUACUGGUCACUUUAUCAUAAUUUUAGGAUUGCAUUUAGCAAAUAUAUUCAUCCAAUAUGUAGAGCCUCAACUCCUUAUCACAACAAAAUAUGAGAAAUAACUUGUUUCAUCACUGAUUUUCGAAUCUUUAUAAUCCUGACCUCAUUAUAAUUGAUAAAUGAUUGUAGAUGGAACAUUGCAGGCUAUGAUGAGUACUAACUACAAAAAAUGACAUCUAUAAUUAGCUUUACCAUCUCAAAAUAGAUGUAUAAUACUGAAAUAAAUUCAAUUUACUAGGACUAGCGUUACUGAAAUUAUAAUAAAUUUACUCUGCUCAUCAUA